AUGGAAAACCCAGACCGGAAAAUGGGUAAAAGUACGAAGAUGACCAACAAACUGGCGGCGAAGCUAGCGAAAUGGAGAAAGAAGGAGAAACCCGAUAUAACACGUGGAGGUGCCCUUGACGUCUCUCCGACCGCGGAAUGGCCUUACUGGAAAUCCCGACAAGCUCUCCAAGUGACUUCCAAUACCAUGCCGGUCUCAAGUCUUUUCGAGCCCCUCUCGCUGGAAACGACCGACGUGCAGCCCGAAAAUUUCAUACCCGGUCCAUCAUCUUCUCCUACGACCGAAGACACCUGGGCCCGGGCAUAUAAACUCUUGCAGACUCGAGAGCCCGAGUUGGUAAAAGAUUAUCAGACUCAUUUGAGCCUAGCGCAGCCCGAUAACUCAGAGCACAUAAAUCUCUCAAAUCCACACUCAGUUGAGCGGGUGAUAAAGCAGCUGCUGGAAGUUCGGGACCAGAAGCAGUGGCGAGUCUCACUGGUGGGAAAGGAGGUGAAGAUACGAGAGCAAGCCGAAAAACUGGUUAAGUUUCUCCUCUGGGCCGAACCAGCCGUGAAGAAAGCCGUUAGCACCCAGCCAUAUGCAGCAUUGGCAUGGGCUGGUGUUUCGUUGCUCUUACCUCUUCUCACAAGCAGUACCAUUAGCAAUCUUGCGAUGCUUGAAGGCUUCGAUUCCAUUGACCAUGUUCAGAUCUACUGGGAUAUCUGCGAGAAGACAUACUUGCAGUCCAAGGAUGGGGAAGAGUAUCAAGCUCUCAUCCAACCCCUUGCUAAGGUCUACUCUUUUAUACUCGAAUACCAAGCACGUGCUAUCUGUCAUUUCUCAAAAGCUGAAGUCUCCCGCGCGUGGGAUAACAUGACCGGUGAAAGCAAUUGGGGAAAAAUAAGAUUAACAAUCGAACAAUUGAGCGAUAACUGUAGGAGCUAUGUCUCCCCCCUCAAACUUGGGGAGGUUCGCCGUCAUCGAGAUCGUCAGUUACUGGAGAUUAAAGAGUCUCGGGUAAUUCUUGAUGGCAUUUUGGAUGUCCUAAAAGCGGACACGAGUCGGAACCAGAAGAAUUAUAAAGACCAGAACGAGCGAGGGUUUCUUCAAGCACUUGCGUCCGACUACGAGGAUGGCAAGAAUUAUAACCCACUGAGAAUCCCAGGGACAUGCGACUGGUUCUUACAGGGUGACGUACUUCGAAACUGGCGUGAUAACGACCGCUCCAGUCUUCUGUGGAUUUCCGCUGGGCCUGGCUGUGGAAAGUCGGUGUUGUCACGGGCUCUCAUUGACGAGAACCGGCUUUCUACGAAUAUUUCGACAUCUACUAUCUGCUAUUUCUUUUUCAAAGAUGGGGAUGAGCGCCGCGUGUCAGCCACUGAUGCUUUGUGCGCAUUGCUUCACCAGCUUUUCACCCACGAUCCGACGGGCACACUGAUCCAAAAUGCAAUGCCCAGCCACAAAAAUCACGGCCCAAAUCUAGUACAGAACUUCUCUGAGCUGUGGCGUCUGUUCAUCCAAUGCGUCAGCUCGCCAGAGGUUGGAGAGAUAGUUUGUGUCCUUGAUGCCCUGGAUGAAUGCAAUGAUCAUAGCAGUCGGCAAUUGAUCCGCAAACUAAGGGAGCUCUACUCCGAGCCCCAAGUUUCAUCUUUAACCUCGAAACUGAAGUUCCUGAUCACUGGUCGCCCUUAUGAUCACCUGGAGGCAUCGUUCCAAGAUUUCCCUGAUACAACAACUUGUGUGCGCUUGGACGGAGAUGAAAAGACCGCCGAAAUCAGCAACGAUAUAGAUCUGGUCAUCGAUACUAAACUACAAAACCUCGCCCAAAACCUCCAAGAGAGCGACCGUCAAAUGAUUUCAGAUCAGCUCAAGGGCAUGGAGAAUCGUACUUACCUCUGGCUACAUCUCACUUUCGAUAUUAUUGAGCAUAGCCGGAGUGAGUAUGGUCGACUGUCCGAUAUGAAAGAACUAUUCACUGGGCUGCCUUCUAAGGUCUCAGAAGCGUAUGAGAAGAUUCUGGAUCGGAGCGGGGAAAAGCUCCAGACAGAAAAUCUCCUUCAAAUUGUCUUAGCUGCAUCACGACCUCUAUCACUUGACGAAGCCAACAUAGCGUUAACGAUGGCUUUGAGAAAGGGCACUUUUAGUUCUUACGACGAUCUCCAGAAAGAUUUAUGGCCGAGAGAUAACUUCAAAGGCGUUGUGGAAAAUCUUUGCGGUCUCUUCAUCAAUGUGUACGAUUCGAAGUUGUUUUUUAUCCAUCAGACAGCCAGAGAUUUUCUCAUCAACCCUCCUCGGAGUGGAAAGUGGAAGGGGCGGCUGAGUAUGCAACAUUCACACGCGAACAUGGCGCUGUUGUGUCUAUCAUUCUUGUCGUUUCUAGAUGUGCAAUUAUCAGUAGAGCAAAUCGAGGCAAAGUUUCCGUUGGCGCGGUACUCGGCCCAGCAUUGGAUGGAUCAUGCACGGCCUGCGGAGACAGAGACCGAAGUCCAGAAAAGCGUCAUGAAGUUUUUCCUUCAAGAAAAUCAAGCUUGGGGUGAGCUCUUUGAGUCGAUUUAUUACCGGCGGUCAUAUGGACGACCCCACAUCCUGGCAACUCCACUAUACUACGCAUCUUCCUUCGGUCUCCAACAAACAGCACAACUCCUAUUGGCUAAAGGUGCGGAUGUCAACGCGCAGAUUGACAAUUAUGGAAGUGCACUCCAGGCGGCUUCUGAUAGAGGUUACAUAGAGAUUGUGGAGCUACUGUUAGCCCAUGGCGCGGAAAUCAACGUACAGGGCGGCAUUUACGGAAAUGCACUCGAGGCGGCUUCCUCUGGCGGCCAUAAAGAGAUCAUGGGGCUACUAUUAGCCAAUGGCGCGGGGGUCAAUACGCAGGGCUCUUAUGGAAGCGCACUCCAGGCGGCUUCCGUUAGUGGUCAUAAAGAGACUGUCGAGCUGCUAUUAGCCAAUGGCGCGGAGACCAAUACGCAGGGCGGCUUUUAUGGGAGCGUACUCCAGGCGGCUUCCGUUAAUGGUCAUACCGAGAUUGCGGAGCUGCUAUUAGCCAAUGGUGCGGAUAUCAGUAUGCAGGGUGGCUUAUAUGGAGGUGCACUCCAGGCGGCUUCCUCUAAUGGUCAUAAAGAGAUGGUCGAGCUGCUAUUAGCCAAUGGCGCGGAGAUCGAUGUCAACGCUCAGGGCGGCUUAGAUGGAAAUGCACUCCAGGCGGCCUCCGCUAAUGAUCAUAAAGAGAUUGUGGAGCUGCUAUUAGCUCAUGGCGCAGAGAUUAAUACACAGGGUGGCUUCUAUGGAAGUGCACUCCAGGCGGCUUCUGCUUGCGGUCACAAAGAGGUUGUGGAGCUUCUAUUAGCCAAGGGCGCGGAGAUCAACGCGCAGGGGGGCUUAUAUGGAAGUUCAUUCCAGGCGGCUUCCGCUUGCGGUAACAAAGAGGUUGUGGAGCUGCUAUUAGCCAAGGGCGCGGAGAUCAACGCGUAG